CCCUGCACCACGUCCGAAGCGGAUUCAUAUUUAAAUCUCGCAUUUCUAAGCUCCGGAGCUCCCUUACCUUCCGCGAUUCAGCAUUCUUUCUCAUUUCACCUACAUAAUUUGUACGUAUACAACACUGUAUAAUACCAUAACAGCUAUUAAUUCCAUCAACAAUUUGCAUUUGCAGCGGAUUGAUCACUGAAUUAGCUCGCUUAUUCAUCCGAAGCCCUAGCUAGAUACACAAUUUUGAUUUCCGCGCCACAGCAAAUGGCGCAUCGCAGAUCAAAAUUGUUGCUCGUUUUGUGCUGUUUAUGUCACUAUCUGAUUGCCUUUGCUGCAAAGAGUUAUUACGAUGUGCUCCAAGUUCCGAAAGGCGCUUCGGACGACCAAAUAAAGCGAGCGUACAGGAAGCUGGCGUUGAAGUAUCACCCGGACAAGAAUCAAGGGAACGAAGAGGCUAACAAGAAAUUCGCGGAAAUCAACAACGCUUACGAGGUGCUGUCGGAUAGUGAAAAGAGAGGUAUAUAUGAUAGAUAUGGCGAGGAAGGACUUAAGCAGCAUGCUGCUAGUGGUGGUCGUGGAGGUGGAAUGAAUAUGCAAGACAUCUUUAGCUCAUUUUUUGGUGGGGGUACUAUGGAAGAGGAAGAAGAGAAGGUAGUAAAGGGUGAUGAUGUUAUUGUUGAAUUAGAUGCAACACUUGAAGAUCUCUACAUGGGGGGCACCUUGAAGGUUUGGAGGACAAAAAAUGUAAUAAAGCCAGCCGCGGGGAAGAGACGGUGCAACUGUAGAAAUGAGGUUUAUCACAGGCAAAUCGGUCCUGGAAUGUUUCAGCAGAUGACAGAGGAGGUAUGUGAACAGUGCCCAAAUGUAAAGUUUGAAAGGGAGAGUGAUUUUAUCACCGUGGACAUUGAAAAAGGAAUGAAGGAUGGUCAAGAAGUAUUAUUUUAUGAAGAAGGUGAGCCCAAAAUUGACGGUGAAGCUGGAGAUUUGAAGUUUCAUAUCCGCACUGCCCCUCACGAUCGCUUCAGGAGGGAAGGCAACAAUUUACACACAACUGUAACUAUUACUUUGAUGCAAGCUCUGGUUGGUUUUGACAAGACGAUUAAACACCUUGACGGACAUCUGGUGGAUAUCAGCACCAAGGGUAUCACGAAACCUAAAGAAGUGAAAAAGUUCAAAGGCGAAGGGAUGCCAUUGCAUUUUAGUAACAAGAAGGGCGAUCUGUAUGUUGCGUUUGAAGUCCUUUUCCCGACUUCACUAACAGAGGAUCAAAAGACAAAGAUAAAAGAGAUUCUUGGUUAGAGAACCGCAAUGCCUUACAAGAUCUGCUAACUCCUUGUGCGAGAUGAGAGCUGUUAAGAGGAUUUGUAGUCGCUGCGAUUAGAAGUCUUGCAUCCUUGCAACCAUUUUGUAUGCUAACAGGUUAGAUAUGCUCGACGUACUGUUGUAUAUUAUGUAUUUUUCUAGUUACGUGCCGUUGCUAUGUAACAUUGCGUUUUGAAUAGAUCUUAAGGAUAUGUUCCGGAUAGUUCAAUAAAAAAUUGAAAUAUAUAUAUUGUGAAACUAAAAAUAAA